AUGACAGAUUUCAAUCAGCAAAGACUAGUCACAUUCAAGGAGCUCUUGGACAGCGAGGAGUUGGUGAAUUUAACUCUGGUAACAGAGGACGGUGGUCAGUUGAAAGUCCAUCUGGAACUCUUGGCUGCUAUCAGUCCUUACUUUCGGCGCAUGAUCGACUCUUGUAAGAAUUCGGCUUGGGAAACCAUCCACGUGCCCGGAACAUCCAAAGACACCCUGAGUGAAAUCGUCAAUUACAUUUACACGGGAAAACUUUGCCUGAGAGAAGACAAAGUGAAAGCUCUGAUUGAUGCCGCUGAAUUGCUGCAGGUCCCGGGGGUCGUCAAGCUCUGCAAACAGUUCCUCGCAUCAACCAUCACGGUCUCGAACUGCAUCAGUAGAUACAACUUCGCUAAUUGCUAUCAAUAUUCGGAUUUGAAAGAGAAAGCGAUAACAUUCAUCCUUGCUAAUUUCGAAGAUGUGUAUAAAACAAAUACGGAGUAUAGCGACCUUCACAUAGACGAUUUGCUCGCCAUUUUGAAUUCCGAUACAUUGAACGUGAAAGAAGAAGAGACCGUGUACUGGGCAAUGCUCAAAUGGGUGGAUGCUGAUUCGGACAACAGAAUCCUUCAUCUCUCCUCCAUUCUGCGGUGUUUGCGAAUAGGGCUCUGCAACUUUAAGUUCUUUGAAGACCACAUUUGGAGUAACGAGUUGAUAUCCCGCAAUGAGGACUGCCACGGAAUCCUGUAUCAGGCAUCCCAACUGUUCGCAGACCUUCAGAACGGCGACUCGCCCCAGACCGUCUACGACCUCCACCAUCCUUUCUUGAGGCCGAGAGUUCCUAAUGAGAUCAUUUUUGUAAUGGGAGGAUGGAGUGCCGGCAGCGCCACCAACAUCAUGGAAACUUACGACUGCAAGACCCAGCGAUGGUUCCUCGCUCUCAAUUCCGAUACGAUUCCCAGGGCAUACCACGGCAUGAUUUGGCACCAGCAGAAGAUCUAUGUGAUCGGUGGUUUCGACGGCAAUCAGUGCUUCAAUAGCGUUCGUUGCUAUGACCCCGUCACAUAUGUUUGGGAGGAGAAGGGCUGCAUGUACGUCCAGCGAUGUUACGUCAGCGUUGCUGCAGUCGGGGAAUACCUGUAUGCCCUGGGAGGAUAUGAUGGACACCGCCGAAACAAAUCCUGCGAGAGAUACGAUUCCAAUAGGAACCAGUGGAGCUUUAUAGCCAACAUGCACAACAUACGGAGCGAUGCCAGUGCUGAUUCUUUAGAUGGGAAAAUCUACAUUGCGGGUGGUUUCAACGGUACACAGGUGCUGGACAGUGCGGAGUGCUACGAUCCAGAGACGAAUGAGUGGACACUUAUUCCGAAUAUGAAUACCCCUCGCAGUGGCGUCAAAGUUGUUGCAUUCAGAAAUUACCUUUUCGUGAUUGGCGGAUUCAAUGGCAGUAACAGACUUUCCACAGGUAAGAGACGAUGCCCAAUCGAAAGGUACGACAAAGUGACCAAAAUGUGGACAUUCGUGGCACCGAUGCUCGGGCCCCGCAGUAACUUCGCUACGGCCAUUAUCAAUGACCUGCUCUAUGCUAUCGGAGGUUUCAACGGGCUGUCCACUAUAGCCAGCGCUGAGUUGUACGAUCCUGUGAGUAAUAGCUGGCAACCAGUCACCGAUCUGAAUCUCAACAGAAGCGCACUAGCAGCUUGCAAGGUCAGCAAUAUAUCCACUGCCCAAGAGUACACAUACAUAGGUAUGUACACACAGGUAGGUUGA